GGGCUCAGUUGUCUGAGCGAGCGCGAGCAGAGAGUCGGCGGGCGCGGGCAGCGGCGGCAGCCAGGCUGUUGAGGGGCGAGUGGAGGCGGCGGGGGCAGAGCGUGUGGCGAGGUCCCCGCGCAGGACCACAUCGGGACGCCUGCGGGAGCCAGCUGUGUGUGCAGCCGCACCGGCCGCUCGCGUCCCGGCGCGCUCCGGCUCGGCCAUGGAGCUGCCAGCUGUUGGCGAGCACGUCUUCGCGGUGGAGAGCAUCGAGAAGAAGCGGAUCCGCAAGGGCAGAGUGGAGUAUCUGGUGAAAUGGAGAGGCUGGUCCCCCAAAUAUAACACGUGGGAACCAGAGGAGAACAUCUUGGAUCCCCGUCUACUGAUCGCCUUCCAGAACAGGGAGCGACAGGAGCAGCUGAUGGGAUAUCGAAAGAGAGGGCCCAAGCCCAAACCGCUGGUGGUGCAGGUACCCACCUUUGCCCGCCGCUCCAAUGUCCUGACAGGGCUUCAAGACUCCUCUGCUGACAGCCGUGCCAAGCUGGAGUUGGGCACGCAGGGCAAGGGCCAGGGGCACCAGUAUGAGCUUAACAGCAAGAAGCAUCAUCAGUACCAGCCGCAUAGCAAGGAGAGAUCGGGUAAGCCGCCACCACCAGGGAAGAGCGGCAAGUAUUACUAUCAGCUAAACAGCAAAAAGCACCACCCAUACCAGCCAGACCCCAAAAUGUACGACCUGCAGUACCAGGGUGGCCACAAGGAGGCACCCAGCCCGACCUGCCCAGACCUGGGCGCCAAGAGCCACCCUCCUGACAAGUGGGCCCACGGAGCUGCUGCCAAAGGCUACCUCGGGGCAGUAAAGCCCCUGGGGGGAGGGGCAGGAGCUCCUGGCAAGGGCUCAGAGAAGGGCCCUCCCAAUGGCAUGACACCGGCCCCCAAGGAGGCAGUGGCUGGUAAUGGCAUUGGGGGCAAGAUGAAAAUCGUCAAGAACAAGAACAAGAACGGCCGCAUCGUGAUCGUGAUGAGCAAGUACAUGGAGAAUGGCAUGCAGGCGGUGAAGAUCAAGUCGGGCGAGGCGGCCGAGGGCGAGACGCGCUCCCCCAGCCACAAGAAACGUGCUGCGGAGGAGCGCCAUCCCCAGGCCGACAGGACUUUUAAAAAGGCGGCAGCCGUUGGUGCCGAGGAGAAGAAAGCAGAAGUGCCCUGCAAACGCAGGGAGGAGGAGGCCCUGGUGUCCGCGGACCCUCAGCCCCAGGACCUAGGGUCCCGGAAGCUCUCCCCGACCAAGGAGGCCUUUGGUGAACAGCCGCUGCAGCUCACUACCAAGCCAGACCUGCUGGCCUGGGACCCAGCCAGGAGCUCCCACCCACCCGCCCACCACCACCACCAUCACCACCACCACCACCACCACCACACGGUGGGCCUGAACCUCUCCCACGCGCGCAAGCGCUGCCUCUCCGAGACCCAUGGCGAGCGUGAGCCCUGCAAGAAGCGGUUGACCGCCCGCAGCAUCAGCACGCCCACCUGCCUGGGGGCCAGCCCGGCCUCGGAACACCCCGCCAAUGUGUCCCCCACUGCGGCGUCUCUGCCGCAGCCCGAGGUCAUCCUGUUGGACUCAGACCUGGAUGAGCCUAUAGACUUGCGCUGUGUCAAGAUGCGCAGCGAUGCUGGGGAACCGCCCAGCUCUCUCCAGGUGAAGCCGGAGGCUCCGGCGGCGGCGGUGGCCGCAGUGGUGGCGCCGGCCACCGCAGCGGAGAAGCCUCCGGCUGAGGCCCAGGACGAACCCGCGGAGCCCCUGAGCGAAUUCAAGCCCUUCUUUGGAAAUAUAAUUAUCACUGACGUCACCGCGAACUGCCUCACGGUCACGUUCAAGGAGUACGUGACUGUGUAGUGGGAAAGGAGUCGCACCCACUUGGGACUCAGCGCCUGCAGUCUCGAAGAGGCCCCAGCAGCCGCAGUGAUGGCCAGGCCCCGCUGCUCACUCCCUUCCACUCGGUGCCUGCGGCCUUGCCUCUUGCCGCCACCUCCCCUACCCCAUAGGAGACCCGAGCCUUCCCCGUGGACCUCCAGAACUGACCCCGCAGCCCGAGGCGGUCUCAAGAGUUAUAGUAUUAUAUUUUAACCGUGCUAACUUGUCAAGUGCUGGCUCUACUCCGGUUUGUACGUGGUGUUAUUCUUGAAAUGUAUUGUUUGAGCUCAGAAGGCCCGACCACCCCCCUCCCCUCUUCGGGCUUAUAUCUAUAUACAUAUAUAUAUAUAUAUUUAUUUGUAGGUAUUUAUAUAUUGAAAUAUAAAAACCUAGAUUUAUGGAGUUUUCCUCUAGAUCAUGUUAUAUUCUAUAUCAGACAAACUAUUUUCAGUUGGUCUUUCCUUCCUCCAUCCAGUAUUUUUUAUUUUAUUUCCUCCUCUCCAGGGACUGCAACACCAGUAACCCUUGGUAUAUAUUUUUUGAUACUGUACACAUGGGUGUGUUGUUUCUAUGUGCAAAAAAAAAAAAGUUUGUUAAAAGGCUAAAGAGCUCUCUAGAACCUGCUGCUAUAGAAAUGUCUGAACUAUAAGCUUCCAACUAUUACCUGCUUGAAUGUAAAUAUUAAAUGGAGAUGUUGAAGGUGC